UAAACGGCUAUACCUAAGUGCUAUUUGUGAUUCUUGGUUAUUAUUUUGAUUUUAAUAAAGACUGACUGAUAAACUAUGGCUGGAUUUACUGAAAAUGCAUUGGUGCGGAAACUUCAAGAUUUAAAUUCUAGUCAACAAAGUAUUCAAACAUUAUCUUUGUGGUUAAUUCAUCAUAGAAAACACCACGCUGCCGUUGUUAAAACUUGGCUAAAAGAAUUACUUAAAGCCAAAGACAGUAAACAACUCACAUUCAUGUAUCUUGCUAAUGAUGUAAUACAAAACAGUAAGAAAAAGGGACCUGAAUAUGGAAAGGAGUUUGGGGAAGUUCUUGUAGAAUCAUUUCAACAUAUGGCCAAAACUGGAAUGGAAUCUAAAACAAAGCAUUCCUUGCAUAGAAUAUUGAAGAUAUGGGAAGAAAGAGGUGUAUAUGAUGCAGAAAAAAUUAAGGACUUUAAAGAUGCUAUUGCCGGCAUCGAAGCACCCGUCACUCCGAGCAAAGUUAGCAAACGUAAAUCGACUGAUACAGAAGUUAAGGAGUCUACCAAAAAACAUAAAAUAGAAUCUAGAUCUAAGACUGAACGAAGAAGAAGCGAGACAAAAGUUGAAGUUGACGGGCAAAUAGAAACUCAUACGACGUUGAGUCCCAAAACACCUCCUGGAGACCCACCAGAGCCUGAAGAGUUGAUUAAGGCUCUUUUAGAAUUAGAAUCAAGUGCAUCCAGUGAUGAAGCUGUCAGAGAACGUAUUGCAUCUCUGCCUCCUGAGGUCUCUGAAGUUCAGUUAUUAUCUAAAUUAGAAGAUAAAGAAUCUGCCCUGAGCCUAAGUGCAGUAGUGAAUUCAGCAGUAGAAUUACUAGCUGAGUAUAACUUGAGGCUAACUGAAGAAUUGGAGAAGAGAAGGAAAGUGGCUGGAAUGUUAAGGGACUUUGCACAAGCACAACGGGACCUUGCUAAACAGGCAGAAACUAGAUUAGAGGAAUACAAUGUGAAACUCCAAAAAAUAUAUGCAGUCAAAGCCGAAGUGAAGCAUCAUAUUGAGAACCUCCCUGACGUCUCUCGCUUACCGGACGUAACCGGAGGCCUCGCGCCCCUUCCCUCCGCCGGCGACCUGUUCAGUGUCUGAGAAAUAUUGGAUUUUAAUACACCGUGAUUAAAAAAAAAACAUUUGACAGUUCCGAUUAAUGUCAACUGUUAUGGCAAACGGUUAUGUACACACAUGCACCUACCACAACAGUAUUAUGGGCAGUACGUGUACAAAAUUAGCUUAAAGCGUACGUAGAAUCGUAGCUGAAUACGCAUGGCGUAAAUAUUAAACGUAUAAUUAUAUUAUUUUCAAUGGGAUUGCAAUAUGUUAAAAUAGGAAUAAUAUACCAGACGUGACUUUUGAUGGUAACUCAGUACAACAUGUUUAGUAUUCUGACAUUAAAUUUAAACACAACUCAUGCUUACUUAAAUUGUCUUUGCUUUUUGUGGGUAAAAAUCAAUAGAAUGAAUAUGGAAGUGGUUUUUACACAAAAUCACAACCAAGCAAUAUAUUUCAUUUAUGUUGUGUGAGAACAGUAUACUAUAAAUUUAGUAGUUUUGAAGUUUUAGAAAAAAAAUACAUGGAGUUCUGAUUUAUCGUUUGCGGGUCCUCGAUAAAUAUGGAGUGGUGUCUAUUUAAAGCAAAUAGCUUUGAAAUACUAUUAUAUUUUUGUUCCCUAAUAGAUUUUCCCUAUGUUCAAAAGAGACCCAUACAGUACGAAGCUCUGUGGUCGUGAGUGACGAACGAAAAAAUAUGAAUGUUAAAUAAAAUUGUUUAAAAUACUAAUUUGUUUCAAUCAUCGCCUCGCAAAAAUCACGGUGUAUUUAAAUUAUUUUUAAUUACUUCAAUAAUCAUAAUUA